AUGAGUACUCGGUGUCAGAAACCAAAGAAGGUUCAGUCUAGACGGACAAUUUUUGCUUUGUCUAGAGUAGAGACUAUUGCAUCUGAUAACUUUAUUCGAGGUACAUGUUUUAUUAAUAGUAUUCCUUUGAUUACUAAUAUUGAUAUGGGAGUGACAUAUUCAUUUAUAUAUGCUAAGUUUGUGAAAAGAUUCAAUAUAGAAGUGUCUGCUAUGAAUGGUAGCAUGGUUAUUGAUACCCCCACUAAUAGUCCAGUGACUACUUUGUUGGUGUGUUUGAGUUGUCCUUUGACAAUUUACGGUAGAGAUUUUGGGACUGGCUUAUUUUGUUUUCCUCUAAGUCAACUCAUUGUUAUUCUGGGAAUGAAUUGGUUGGAGUUCAACCACGUGAAUAUCAAUUAUUUUGAUAAAUCAAUGAAGUUUCUUGAAUCCGAGGAGAGCACGAAGUCGAGUUUCAUGACCGUGAGACAAGUAGGGAUGUUCUUGAGAGAGAGUGCCCAAUUGUUCAUGUUGUUUGUGUUCUUGAGAGAGGGAAACGAGAUAAUGAUUAUGGAUCUAACUUUUGUGUGUGAGUUUACUGAAGUGUUCCCAGAUGACAUUAGUGAUUUUCCGUCAGAGCACGAAGUUGAGUUCACUAUAGACUUAGUACCUGGUACUAGUCUUGUAUCAAUGGUGUCGUACAAAAUGUUUUCUUAUGAGAUGAGUGAGCUGAAGAAAUAG